GGGUCUUGCUGUACGAUGCCCAAAGUCUGAUGCACUGUGUCCGUACGGGGUCCUUGUAACCAAAGCAAGCGAUUAGGGUAAGGGUUAGGCGAUAGAGAGAGGCAACGAAAGAAAGCCAAGAUCGGUCUUGCUCUUUUUUUUUUUUGCAGAUCCGACUUCUUGUCGUUGCCACACUCCCAACCAACCCCCUACUACCAAGUCCGCGCCUUGUCUACUCAUCGGCCCCAUCGACCAACGGCUUCCGCAAGCGACUUCAGCUCUAGAAGCUGACGACGAAGCCAGGUCGCAAGUCCGGCGGGUUUCCCCUCGAAUCGUGCGACCCACUCUCUCGAUCUUACGACACAGCCCGACCGACGAUGGCGCAACCAGUCAAUUUUGAAGAUGACUUUCUCGGCCAGCAUCUGGGUCAGCUCCUCAUCAGACAGCCGAGCAAGACGACAGCGCCUCCCCUGUCACAGAGAGAAUCCAGCAGUGGUAGCGAGGCAAGCAGCAGUCUUGGACGAAGACAUUCGGUCUUCGCUUCAGCUUCAGGGGCAAGGCCGUCUCUGAGAAUGUCGGAAGUUGACACUCCGGCAGAAGACGAAGCGGCACCACUCCAAAGACGGAGCUCGAUCCAAUCGUCUUCUUCGUCGAAUCAGCAACAGCAGCACUCUCGCACCUUGUCUCUCGGGCCCCUUUCCCAAACAGACGCCUUUCUUGACAACCUCUUUUCCCCAGCCACGCAACUUGCACCUCCCAUCAAAGGAUCUGCUGGUGGAAGCUCUAGCGGCGUCGGCGCCGUUGAAAGCACAGCUGGUGCCGAGCCCAAAGGAAACUGGCAGCAGCAUCAGCUCUUCUCCUCGCCACUUUCGCCGAAUUCUUUGAUUAGGGACAUUGGUGCCAUGUCGCCUUUGACACCACCGUCGCCAGCGGCAUCCGUCUCGUACUUUGGCACAAACCCUCACCAGAGCUCGAGGCAUGCAUCGGAAGACGCGGGCGCUGGUCCUAGCGCUGGCGCUGCUCCAGCUGAGAGUGCACAAGCGACACCAAUGAAGAAUUCCUUUUCGACGUCUUUCGGGGCCAGGAGGAGAGUCGCGCGUGUGAUGGAGCCGUCAAAGAGCAGAGACAGCCAUCAGACGAUGGUCACGAGCUCACGGCACAACAGCGGGAGUGGCAGGGCAGUUCAGCGCUCUCCCUCGACCUCCUCGCUGUUGUCCGACACUUCCUCGUCACUAUCUCCUCGCGCGAGUGUGGGCAAGUUACGGGAAACGGGAGACAGAGAGAGCAACAGCUCGUCGCAAACGCGAUUCUCGGACACUUCUUCAAGCUCGACAAAUACACCCUCCUCUUCGGAUUUCGACCAGACUCAGCGCUCGUCAUCGGCCUCCUCGACGAAUCCAUGUUCGUCUGUGACAUCCUCGAACCUAAGCUCGAGGUUCAUGAGAAAGAUGUCAAACCAGUCUUCGUCCAACGAGACGGAGCUGACGAGCUCGGUCGACCUGAACAGUCCAGAAGACAAGUCGGACGGUGAUGCACAACCAGAGACUGAAGGGCUGGCACAGGAAGAAGGCGAGGAUUUGAAGGGGUCCAAGGAGGAAAGGGCCAGAGAUCCGAGGACCGAAUUCGACUCCAAGCUUCAGACGGUGACGGAAGAGGAAGCAUGGAGACAAUGGAGAAAUGGCGCAGCAGUCGAACCACCAGAGACGCCAAAGAAACAAGGAAGAGUUUCAUCUGGCGAAGGCGACGAGCCGAAGCCUCUGUCAGUGCGUGGGGCAGCCGCGACAAAUACCGAGGACCCAGAGCAUGUACAGGGGACAGCAUUGGUGCCCAAAUUCACGUCUCUGACGUCGUCGAGGAGUUACGUUCGGAAGAGCAUCGAUCAAAACGAUAUGUCCGAGCCUGAUUCGGCCUCGUCAGUAUCGUCAUGCUGGCCAUUUGAUGCGAGAGCGCCUGCGAAGUCGACGACUUCAAGCGAUAAGGCUUCAAAUUCGGUGUCCCUCAGCUCAAAGCCGGCAAAAAGCCGAGCUUCGGGCGCUUCUGCAUCAUCGACACACUCUACAUCGACCAAAUCGCCGAGAGCUUCGGCAAUUACGGGGGCAACUAGUACUACGGAUGCUUCAGUGACUCGUCAGAAGAAGCUCAUGCUGGUCCCAGACGGCCCCGACGGACGAAGCUUCAAGUUUGUCGAGAUGGAAGACGAGGACGCCGAGAAUGUCGAGGAAGGUGAACGAUCCGCUGGCAAGGACGUUUCCCCUGCAGGUGACGAGGAGCCCAGCGUAGAGGAAGAAAGAGGAGUGUCGGCAGUCGACUUUGUCCACAGAGGAAAAAUUGACGACAAGACAAUUAAAUCAAGCAACACCUCGUCCAAGUCAGGACCAAGACGAGGUCUGCUGCCGGCGUUUUGAAGAAGAACACAAACAUGAACGGAACGAACUUUCUUGGGAGGUGCAUAGCCCUCUAUUCUUGUCUUGUUACGAUGACGAACCAUGGCCGAAACCAUCACAUUUUUUAGAUACACUCUCGAUGUCGCCCGGUUCGCAUUCUAUUCCCUUUGCUUUGCUCACUUUGUAACUUUACUCACCAUCGUUUCCAUGUCCAAUACCAUACACGAGUCCAAG